AUGUGAUGUUAUAAUACCCAGGGAUUUUCAGGUUUUUUCCAGGCAUGCUCUGUAGCUUCCUUUCCUCCCUCUAUCCAUACCAAUCUGAGGAGAUGUUGCCUUGUAUUGUCCUGCAUCCAGCCACUCGCUCAGCUGUCCUUCCUGGGGGAUCUAUUCUUAGCUGGUGGUGACGUUUACCAUGGUAACGACUAAGGGCUUAAUAAUGUGUUAGAGCACUGUCUUGCAAUACACUGAUCGGUAAGAUACACAUGUUGGAAUACACGUGCAUGGUGACAUGCAAAAAGCAGCGAUGUUGCAGCAUUUGUACCUGUGAGUGUUUUGCAUCUGUCGCAUGUUGGAAAAGUCAUCAACAACCCAGCUCGCUAGUGGUGAAUCCUGCUGGGGAACUCCUAUCGUCUCAUCCAGACUUUCUGCGAACUUUAAGAAGGUCUCACUCGGACAAGUACAGUAUAGUGUCAACAUGACCCCAGUGGACCAGCUGGAAAAGCAGUGAGCCUGAUCCAGUUGGAAGAAACUAAACUCAUGCACUCUUAUCUGCAGAACUGUGAUUUUGAUAUGAAUGCAAAGAUGAAUACUUCUGUUGAAAAGUUCACUCACUCAAAGGGUGCCAGUGUGGUGUCAGACCCAUCUCCAGAAGCCCAGCCUGAUACUCAGAUGUCUUGUGCACCCAGAAAGGCUGCUAUGUUUGGAAAGCGCUCCAACUGCAUGCGUAGGAAUCCCAAAGCAGAGGUUUCUAAACAGGGAUGGCUAUACAAGCAGGCCAGUAGUGGAGUAAAGCAAUGGAACAAGCGCUGGUUCGUCCUCACUGAACGAUGUCUAUUCUACUACAAAGAUGAGAGGGAGGACUCUGUUUUAGGGAGUUUACUGCUGCUCAGUUUCCGGAUAAGUCGAGUGGAGCCUGCAGAUAACAUCACCCGCAAGUUUGCCUUUAAGGCGUGGUUGGAGGAGUGUGAAAAGGAGGAGCUGAAGAAUCCCAUUGUGUUUUGCUUGCAGGCAGAGCACGCUCGGACCAGGACGUACUACUUCAGCACAGACAGCCAUGAGGAGCAGGAGAAAUGGAUCACAGCUAUGAGUGAGGCUGCAGGAGUCAUCGUUCAGCCAACGCAGAGGACAAACUACACAGACACCACAGGUGAUCUCAACCAAACUAUGGUGACCAAGGCACCUGACCCUCAGCAGCAUCCCCAACCUCAAACACACAAUGAAACUGAGACCGACCUGCCCACCCACCCUAACAUUAAUGAGGCCAACAGCCUUCAAACACUAUUGCUUUCUACUCACCACUCAGAUCAACAGGGAAAAAAGAUUGAGAGAGGAGAAAGUAGAGGAGGUGAAGAUAAUGGAGGAGAACCUGGUUCUGGUCAUGCACCUCACCUAAUUCAUCAUCCAAAUGGUUGGGGCAGCUUUUGCCCAGCCAAUAUUAUGUCCCACAACGGCAAUAACAAACAUCCUCUGUCCAGGAGGAACAGUGGACACCGUGCCUCUCAUGGACAUUCAGAGAGCGUUGUCGGUCCAUUGCAGGACCCCAGGGAGCAGCAAGAGAAUGUUGUGUUGAGGAGAGGCUUUGUGCCCAGGACAGUUCCAGAGAGGGUGGCUCAGAGGAAAAGCUCCAUGGCUCAGCUGCAGCAGUGGGUCAACCAGAGGCGGGGCAUGGUUUCCCAGGACGACAUCAACAGCCCAUCUCAAUACUACCCAGUUAAUCGGAUGGUCUCUGCUGACUACUGUGGCUAUCCUGGUGGUCCCCAGUAUGUGGAGGAGUUCCCUAUAUACCCAUCAGGUGUCCGACCAGACAGCAUCUGCUCCGUCUCUGCUGUGGGGGGAUAUGAUAGAGGCUGGACUGCGGAGCAGCGUCACCCUCUGAGGGAUGGACCUCAUCAGCUGUAUGCACACCUAAUGCCCAGGGACCCAUGGGGGGCACAGUACUAUGGGGGAAUGGAAUCAUCCAUGAGGCGACUGUCCAUCCAGCCACGCUCCAGGUCUGUGCCUAGGUCAUCUUCUUCCUCGUCAGGGGGGCCCUACUCACCGGUGCCUCCAAACUUUGCCUCACCAGCUCGAUCAUUAUCAGCCCGAUUUCCAGGGAAGGUGAGGGAUGAUGUGAUCUAUGCUGAUCCAUCAAUUUACAGCCUGAGAAGAUCUCUCGGCUCACCAAAGUAUGACUACUCUGGCGACAGGAGGUCCUUAAGCCAAGGAUUAUACCACCAUAACUACCCUGUAUCCCCUACCAUCCACAAUAAAAUGGAGGACAUAUUAGACCUUCAACUCCAACGUAACCUGGAAUACCUAGAUGAGCAGGUGCCUCUUUUCCAUGAUGUCUACAGCAGAGAGUUACAUCCCACACUGAAGCUCAAUGAGAUUGAAACCAGUAAACUCUUGGGUCGACUGUGUGAGCAGAAUCGAAUAUUGAAAGACCAUAAGGCUGUUGUCCACAGACUGAGAAUGGACAAGGACAGCCUAGAAGAAGUGCUGGUUGCAACUCAUCGGGAGAUCGAGCUGUACCAUAACCAGCCUUUGGCCAUGGAAAAGCUACAGUUCAAAAAAGAAACCCUGCAGAGCCAGCUCAUCAACAUUAGAGGGGAGCUCUCACAGGCCUCCAGUGCUCUAACCACCACUCUCAUGGAGUUUGAAGCAUUAGAGGAUGAGGCCAACGCUAUCCAUGGAGAUCUAUGGGAGCAGCUUAAUGCAGGAGGACAGAGUGAACUUGUGCGGAGGCACAUCCAGAAAGAGUUUUGGAGAGUCCAGGAUGUUUUGGAAGGACUGCACAAGAAUAACUUAUCCAGAGGUACUGACACAGCCAAGCACCGAGUGGCCAGCGGUGCAUCAGGCUCCUUUAGCACAAAUAGUCCAGCCAGUCCCCUGAGCUCAAUAAGCCUCACCAGCCCACUCAGCCCCUUCUCCCCAGUGCCUGGCUCCCACGUCUCCCCCAACAAACAGCUGGGCCCGGAGGAAACUAUUCCCCCAAGGCCUCCUCUCCCCAAGACCUAUUACCCUUUGGAGCUCUCCCCUACCCAUCCCCCCUCCAUCCCCCCUUUGCCCUUUGACAGCACCGCCUGGCUACGCAGCUUGUGCCGUGAUGAUGGUUACCUUGAUGGUGAAGAUUCUCACAUCAGAAAGCUCCAGGUUGGUGAACAGAACACUCUGACUGAUAUGCAGGACCUGUUCCAGGAGAGGCAAUACAUCAUGAAUAAAGUUGGCAUUGUUCCUCCUAGAACCAAGGCCCCCAUUGACGAAUUACACAGCAGCUCUACUGAAGUGUCUCGGCAUUUUGGCAGGGUGCGGAAUGGAAUCUCUAGGGAACGUCCAAAGAGUGCUGUGUUUCCUGCAGAGAUGAAGUCAAAGAUGAGCAUAGAAGAGCAGAAUGAGCGAAUCCGCCGCAACCAGAGCAGCUCUGUCAGGGAGAAGAGGCGGAGCCUAAACCUCUCAGGUGGCCAGUCUUCAGCCAACUACAAAGUGGUGCGGAGGCGGUUGACUGCUCUUGAGAUCGACAUUAAAGAAAUAGAAACAGCAGUUCGAGGCCAGGGCCAAGAGUCACCACGGGAAGAAAUUGCUCGGCUGAGACGAUUACAGAUGGAACCACAACACUACGAUCUGGACGUUAGUGAGGAGCUGGUCGCUUCAAACAAGGUUCUGAUUCCAGAGCGCUACCUUGAUGAGGAGGACACCACUCCUCUGAGUCCUGAGGAACAGAAGGAGAAGCAGAAGAAACUAGAGCGGAUCAAGACACUCAUUGCCAAAUCAAAUUUGCAGAACAUGGUUCCUCUUCUGGAUGGCCCAGUGGAAGGUGGUGCUCUGGUCAGCUCCCAGCAGCAGUUGCAAGAACAAGAGAAGCGAAUUGAGAUCUCCUGCGCUCUGGCUGCUGAGGCCUCUCGUCGUAGCCGCAUUCUCUCUGCCCAGUGCGCCCCGAGCCCCCCAACUUCCCCAACCAACCUGGCCCCUUCUGACUUCCCCAACUCUGCCCACAUCAUGAAGGUGUGAGUCUUACAAGCUCAAGCCUUGGCUGCUUUUAUAUUUGAUGGAGCAUCUUUCUGAGGAUUCACUGGACAACGUGAGACAUGGAGAUGGUCACAGAAAAUUAAUUUUUUUAGCACUUAACUGAUACUUAAAACAAAUGUGAAAGGACCUUUUUACGAGGCAAGAGCACAUUUAAAACCCAAAUUUAAGCCAUAAAGACUCCCUGCCCCAAAUUCAUCCAACCCAAAACACCCACAUACUUUGUGUGUAUACAGUUGCACAAAAAAAGGCAGAAGAUCCCUUACCAUCUUCAAGUUCUGUAAUAUUUCUAUAUAAUUUAGUUAGGAACAUGUUUUACAAAAGAGAGAUUACUUUUGAACUACGAUGAUAAUGAGUUUUACAAUGGGAAUACUGCAUACAAAAGGCCCACACUGAAGAUAUGAGGGAAAAGAUUGGAAUGAGGCCAAGUGAAUAUCACUGAGGUCAACUAAAAGACAAGAGUGGGAUCAGUGACACACUAAGAAUUCAGGAUAUAAUGACACUUUGACAUAAGACCGAAACAAGAUGCCUCUUAUAAUUUGUGAAAACCUGAGGACUCUUGUUGCAAACUCACUGUGAUGACUGUUUAAGCUAGACCUCAUGUAACAUGGAUUGCAUGAGCACCCAUCUUUCACUCUGAGCAUGACAGAAAACAGAAUUUGUUUCCAGGCAGAGCUAAAGAUGAACAACAUUAAAUAAACCAUGAUCCAUCUUACAGUGCUGCUAACAAUAACACAUUGUCUUACAUCAGAAUCAGAAAAUGACACGUUAAACACAACAUUGAUUUUCAUAACUUGUAUCCUCUACCUCUUUAAUAUUUGCUGUCAUCACUGAGAUUUUAUUUACACAAGUACGGGUGGGUAUAUACUGAUAUACUUCUAAAUGAAAAAUGUAAUUCUUAAAUUAGUUCUGUAAUUACUACAUUAAGUGUUUGAGUAUGAAUAUAAGCUCCAUUUGUCAUGCUUUUAGGCCCAUGUAGUCUGCAUUUGGAACAGCGGACUGUAUUGAGGUUGAUUGUCCAAGUAAAGUAAAGCUCAUGACAUCUAGACAGGGGUUCUGCAGUAAGUAUAAUUUUAGCUAUACACUUUCCCACAUUGAAGCACACGGCUUUAAAGACUCCACCUGCUCUUAGUACGAAAUUGCCAUUGGUCAUAGACCAAUAUUAGUAUAUUUGGGGGCCAAAAUUUUGUUUGUACUGGAGCCUUUUCUCAUAUUGACUUCACUCUCUGGUGUGGAUUACCAGUCACAUUGUUCAAAAUGAAAUCCCUAAAUUAUGUAUGUGUAUAAAUAUGCAAAUUUUGUCUCAUACUAAGACAGACACAUUUACAAUGUCUGGGCAUGCUGUCUGUUUAGUUCAGUUCUGUCUGAUGUGUUCAGACCAGAGUUGUGACACAGCAAAUGUCAUGGGGCAAGUAUUAUGAUAAAGAGCACAACACCAGCAGUUGAUUACAUACAGUAUUUACCAUCUUUUGGUUAAAUACUUUGGCAUUUCGCAUCAGACUUAGUGGACUUCAUCAUAGUGCUUAAGAAAUGCCCCAGUGAUUAUCUACACAUAUAUAGGUAAAGUAUGUUGGAUAUUUCUUUAUAAAUGGAUUACUGUUUGUUUAAGGUGAUAAUAGAAGUGACCUUAGAAGAGUAACAGCAACAUAAUAAUGACUCUCCGUGGAGGAGUUAGCUAAUGAUGCCAUAAUUUGAGAGCAAUUACCCUAUAUACUGGGAAAUACUGUCAUGUAACAUAUUCUCAUAAUGUUUCAUCCUGUCAUGCAGUGCCAAAAGUCUACAAAGUGUGUUUUAUGUGUUGUGAUGAAUGGACGUCUUAAUGACAAGACUAAUGGUUUGAAUCUGGAUGAAACACAAUGAUUGAUGGCUUGAAGGUUUGAAAUAAAGGAACUCUUUGAUUAUGAA